GCUGGCCGGAGUGGGGCACAGGGCUGUUCACCUAUUAUGUUUUCAUUUUCUUAAAAUUUCUGCCGCAUGUUGGAUAAUUUUGCAUGUGGGUAUAUCUACCAUAUUAUAGUAUAAAGUGUAAGUAGACUCGCGAGUAAGCUACGUCACAGCCUGGUUUUUACCAUGUCUUUUAAAAACGUUUUAAAAUGAGUUUUCAGCACCGAAGAAGGUUUUCGCUUCAUGAGGAAAAUGGAACGAGAUAGAAAAAAAGUGAGGAAUAGCUGUUUCUUACAUGGACUCUAAGAAUUAUUCAGAUUAUUCACGUGAAGAGAUUUGCACGCAUCCUACAUGUUGGUGGGAUUUGUGUGAUGUCCUUAGAAAGCUGGAUUAGGAGGGUGAUGAAAAAAAACCAAAAAGAGCGGUGCACACGUUGCUUAGAGUGCAUUGCUACAUUGUACAGUCUACCAUAGCGUUUGUUAUCUUGGAGUGGUUUUGCUAAUAGUCUUAAUUUUAAAUUUUGAUGCCCCUCUCUCAUUGACCUGAAACCGAAGAGAUCUUGUGUGCCCAAAGUAGAAUAGGGAAUGUGUUGGGUUUUUUUCUCUUGCAGUGUCUGAUACUGGCCUUUUUUUUCAUUGAGGCAUUAACCUGCAGUUUUUAAUGGAGUUGCUUUCUCGUGUCUUGUCUUCCACAAGGAGUAAUGUAUUUGAGACAUGCUUUUUGACUGAAUAUUAAGCAGCAAUUUUACAGAGUAGUAUGUCUUGUGAAUAUUAGAUUAGGAAUAUUUAUUUACUGUUGAAGUGAAAGGUAAAAUGAAGUUCUGAUUAUUUUUCAAAAUGUUUUGUUCAAAUAAUUUGCUAUUCAGGAGAAAGAAAUGGUAAUGGAAACACAUUUUCUUUGACAGUCUCCCAUUGGCUUGGCAUGCAGCUGAUAUUAAGCCUUUGUUUUACAGUAAGUACUGUGAUGUCAAGGGUUUGAGUAUUUUAUAGAAAUUAAAUAAUUUACUGCUUGUACUCCUGCGUUUACCGAAGUCCCAAUGGCAAAAAUAAUGUUAAGACUUGUGUCCAUUUAAAUCUUGUAAGAUCAAAAACGUAGUACUUGUAACUGCAUUGUUUGGCUACUCUUUAUUUUAGAAAACUGUAAAUUGCUAUGAAGAUCAGCUAGUACUUCUCUCGUGAGUAAAAAUAGAUUUGAUUAAAUAUCAGUAAUUUUGAGGGGUGUGCAGUGCACUGGGUUAGGUUUAUUAGCAGUACUCCAGCAACUAUUUAUUAAAGAUUUGGGAAGGGUCAGCCACAAAUCUACUGCACUGAUUGUCUGUAUUUUAAUUUUGUGUGUCUGUUAAGAGGAAUAAAAGAAAAGUUGAGGAGACUGGUGCUACUGCUUUGCUCUUUCUCAUCUUAAACACAAUUCUGCCUCUUCCUUUUUCUUCUUUUAACUUGGGUUAAGUUUUUGGCUUUUAUUUCUUCUAUUUCAGUAGAUUUGCCUUAAACCACAGUCUUUAUUUUGUAUUGCUUGCUUAAAGUCUGUGAAACUGCUUCAAACCAGCUGAAUGGUUUAGGUCAAAUGCUCUAGGCUCAGCCUUGGGUACAACACAAAUGCCAGUUUAUGCAGUUUUUCAGUUAAUUCAAUUUAUUCAGAUAAAGGUUUAUUCACUUUGCUAAGGUGGCCUGUUCAUUCAACUUCAUGUCUUUGUAUCGCCCCUUUCACAGAUCUACUUCGCCCUAGAGUUAAUUUGACUAAGGGAUGUAGCACCACGUCUUUUUAAAUAACUUUUUGUGCUUAAAGUUUCAAAGUGCUGUGUUCUAGCCUUUUAAAGGUAACUGAUACAGUUGCGUUUUUUGGACACUUUGGGGAAAAUCGACCUUUUGACACCGUGUUCUCUCAGGAUGAGUUGUCAGAUAGUGGGGCAACGUGAACUUUGAAUUGGCUAUAAUGUGGCAAACAGUCCAUUUUAUAUAAACCUUUUAAAUAUAUUGACAGCAUGGUUCAGAUUUAGUGAGCUAGACAACUCUAUGGUCUAACUUUUACUACCGGGAUAAAAAUACGAACCACCUUGGAUGUCCUGAUUAGUUGCAGUGAUUUGGAACUGAAAUUUUUCGGCGUGCUCAAAUUUUCAUUUCAGAGAUACGAAGAGAGUUAAGCGGUAGCCAGUAAAUACAAAGUGCUGUAAUUCAUGGGUGUGACAGCUAAGGAGCUUUCCAUAGGAGUGGGAGAAUAUCCUGUAAUCCUGGCAUCACUGGGCUCCAGGACUGCAGAGGCAUUGGAAAGGGAUGUUCUUGCUGAUUCAAGACCAAAUAGUUCUGUCCAGGACUCUACACUGGGGAUAAGGACAUGGGACUCCUCCUGCCAGAUUCCAGAUGGUUCAUCACAACUGACAUCUUGGCUGACAACUGUGAAAAGAAUCUUCGGAUUAUUCUAUUUUAUUUUUGUGGGAGACCACAAUCCCCAAACUGUAGGACAUAUCAGGUUCCAUAUUUCUUGUAGAAUUUUUAAAUAACCUUUUCUAAUGAGGAUGUCUGAUAUUCUUACUGUAAAAGAUGAAACUGAUGCAAUGAAGGGUUCAGAAGCUGAAUUCAAAGAUACAGACACAGUUGAAAACCUAAAAAAAUCAGGAAGUCAGGAACAGAUUCAAGUGGAAAAGGAUGAAAAUUGUCCUGAUAACAAAAACAAUAUGCCGCGGCCAGCGCAGUCCUUUGGACAGACGGCCAAAAGGUCCAAGUCAAACACAAAGUUAAAGUUAGUUCGGAGCCUUGCUGUAUGUGAAGAAUAUCCACCACCUCCCACAGCUGAAAUAUCACAGGACCUCCAGGAGAAGAUUCAGAUCCAGUUGUCACAGUCUUUUGAAAAAGAAGAAAAACCUGCGAAAGAUGAAUCAGAAAAGGAAAAAUCCAGUGAUAAACUGUCCAGAAAAAUGUUAUCAAGAGAUUCCAGCCAGGAGUAUACAGAUUCCACUGGUAUAGAUCUUCAUGAAUUUUUAGUAAAUACAUUAAAAAACAAUCCCAGGGACAGAAUGAUGCUGCUGAAAUUAGAACAGGAAAUUUUAGAUUUCAUUGGUAAUAAUGAAGUACCAAGAAAAAAGUUUCCCCCAAUGACAUCUUACCAUAGAAUGCUGUUGCACAGGGUAGCUGCUUACUUUGGAUUAGAGCACAACGUGGACCAGAGUGGGAAGUCAGUCAUAGUAAAUAAAACUAGCAAUACAAGAAUACCUGACCAAAAGUUUUGUGAGCAUAUAAAGGAUGAGAAGAGUGAUGACUUCCAGAAGCGGUACAUCCUUAAGAGAGAUAACUCUAGUUUAGAUAAAGAUGACAACCAGAUGAGAAUACGAUUAAAAGAUGACAGAAGAAGUAAAUCCAUAGAAGAACGUGAAGAAGAAUAUCAGAGAGCUAGAGAAAGGAUAUUUGCACAAGAUUCCCUGUGUUCCCAAGAGAAUUAUUUCACUGAUAAAAGAAUCCAGGAGGAAGAAACUAAUAGUACACAACAAAGACGACAGAUACUUAGAAUCAAUAAGGAGGCCUCGGGGAGAUCGGCCAACAGCCACCAGAGCAGCACGGAGACGGAGCCGCGGCCCUGGAGCAGCACGGACUCCGACAGCUCCCUGCGCAACCUGAAACCCGCGGUCACCAAGGCCAGCAGCUUCAGCGGCAUCUCGGUGCUGAGCCGCGGGGACAGCUCUGGCAGCAGCAAGAGCACGGGCAGGCUGUCCAAGACAGGUUCAGAGUCUUCUAGUAGUGUAGGGUCCUCCACAGGUUCUCUCUCUCACAGCCAGCAGCCUCUUCCAGUGCCAGCUCUAAGCCAGCCCUCCCCUGGCACUCCUGCCGUGUAUCCAACUGUCAGCUCUAGUAACUCUCUUUCCUUUGACGGUGGCAUGAGCGGGCAAGUGGCACCUGCUGCUGGCAGUAGCUUCUUUCUGCUUCCCUUGGAAGCAGCAGGCAUCCCACCUGGCAGUGUGCUGGUCAACCCUCAAACAGGUCAGCCAUUCCUCAAUCCCGAUGGCACUCCGGUCGUGUACAACCCUCCCCUGCCUCAGCAGCCUGGCAGGACCCAAGUGCCUGGAGCUGCACCUCAGCCAGCCCUGCCCAGCCCUGCCCAGCACCAGCCCGGAGCCAACCCCGUCCUCUCACAGCCUCUGCGGGCUCUGCAGCCUUCCUCCCAGCCUGUCCAGUACUCUGCAGUGUCGUACCCACCCCCGCUCCUGCCAGCCUCCUCUGCACAGCAAUACUCUGUGCAAGACAACCUGGGAUCGCAGUUCAGCCACCUGAGCCUGGCGCGGCAGCCCCCGGCCGAAGGCGCCGAGCCCGGCCCGGCGCUGUUCCAGCCCGGCGUGGUGCUGCAGCCCCCGCAGCAGCCCGGCUACAUCCUCACUGCCGCGCCCGCAGCACCGCCCGCAGCGCAGCCCGCGCCGCCCUACUCGGGCCCCGGGCACCCCGUGGGCCAGCCCGUGCUCCCGCAGCAGGGAUUUGUGCAGCAGCCCGUGCCACAGAUGCCACCCUGUUACUGCACCCCCAGCCAGUACCCGCACUCCAGCCAGCAGUACCGCCCUGUUUCUGUCCAUUUCAGCACCCAGCAGAACCAGGCCCUGCCACAGCCGGGCCAGCAGACAGGUUACCAGAUUUUGCCCAACCAGCAGCAAAACUACCAGGGUUUAGUUGGAGUUCAGCAGUCUCAGAAUCAAAAUCUAGUCAGUGGCCAACACAACAACAUUGGGAAUCAAAUUCAAGGUGUGAUUGUUCCAUAUCCCUCAGUGCCAUCAUAUCAGGUUUCGGUGCCUCAAGGUUCCCAAGCAGUGCCCCAGCAGACAUAUCAGCAGCCUGUUAUAAUUCCCAGUCAGUCCAGCCAAGGACUGCCCACCACAGGAAUGCCAGUCUACUACAGUGUCAUUCCAUCAGGUCAACAGAACAACCUAAGUUCAUCUGUAGGAUAUUUGCAGCCGCCUGGAUCAGAGCAGAUACAGUUUCCUAGAACAUCAUCACCAUGCAACUCACAGCAGCUUCAAGGACAGCAGUGUGCAGUUUAUAGCAACCAUUCAAGUCAGAAGCCAUCACCUCCUACAUUAUUGCCACCUUCAUCCAAGUCAAAGCCACAGCAGGCUGCUUCCAUUGUGCACUACAGCAUAGUGUCUCCACCCUCAUCAUGUAAAAGUUCACCCACUGGUCUUUCCAUCAUGCAGCCAAAAAAAGCCGUGGCGCCGCCGCCCGCCGGGGGGGUGGUGAUGAUGCAGCUCAACGUGCCCGGCAGCGCCGCGCCGCGGAACCCGUCACCGCCGCAGAGGAAAGGCGGCAAGUACUACUGUGAUCACCCCCGCGGGCACAAGGCCACGGAACUCAGCACUUUAGACGGUGCUGCACAGCUGCAGCAUAGUCCUCAACUGGGCAGCCCUGUCACCUCACCAGCCCAAUCACCAGCACCAGCCCAGCUGUCAAACAUGAAGAACAUCCGUCCCACACUGGCUCCUCUUUCUAUCGUGUCCCAGUUUUCUAGACCUUUUGUCCCCGGACAAGGAGAUGCCAGAUACCCAUUGCUUGGCCAACCCCUGCAAUACAAUCCAUCUUUAUUACGUGGACAAGUAACAAGCCAACAGUGUCAGCCUGGAAACAGACAUGGAAACAGGGGAAAGAAACCAGCAAAGAAGGCUGCUUCAGCAGAUCUUGGUGCAGGAGAACCAGUUGUGGGGAAAGUUCUAGAAAUUACUGAGCUGCCAGAAGGCAUAACUCGCAUGGAAGCAGAAAAACUCUUUGGAGAACUGUUGAAAGUGGGUGCCAAGAUCCGGUGGCUGAGGGAUUCCCAGUGCCUGCAGGCGCAGCAGCAGCAGCAGCGGCGGUUCUGCGGGGACAGCAGCGGGGGCACGGAGCCCUCCCGGGCCGGGGACUUGGCCUCCACCUACACGGUGCUGGCCACCUUCCCCAGCAUGGCGGCCGCACAGAGCGCGCUCAAGAGACAGAGCAGUACCUCAGUGAGCAAGUUCCGCCUGAGAACCAGCAAGAAGCACUACGACCUGCACGUCCUGGAGAGGGCCAGCUCUCAGUAGCAGUCACACCGCUGGACACUCGGCCUUGACUACUUCCAUGUCCUCCCUCCUCGAUUGGUUUGAUGUCAUGGGGUUUCUGUUCUCUUCAUAGAGACUCCUGGGAUGUUUUGUCACAUGACAUUUGCCAUUGAAGAAUAAAUAACCCAGUGAAUCCAGCAAGAUGAAGAAAAAAAUUAACAGAGUUAAUCCCAGACAAUAGCAAGGAAUGAUCUUUGCGACAGGCAGCUUUCCGUAAAGAAUGCUGCUGAAAUGCCCCUACUUUUAUAGUAGUUUUGUUUUAUAUUUUUGAAAUCUUGUAUCAGAUCCAAAGUUCUAUUGUACAGCAGAUGUUCAUAAAAACCAUAUGCAGAUUUGUAUUUUAUAAUCCCUUUUCACAGCCAGCACACAGCUGUCCAUUCCAAGGCAGGAACCUGAGGAUUGGUGGAGGGGAAAAGAGAACCAUUCUCAAGGAAUUAGAUUCAUUUCCUAGCAAACUACCCAAGAUCUUCAAGUUAACCUGUUCUUUGUUCCUUGUGUUUUCUUCUUUUUUUUUUUUUUCUCUUUUUUUCCUUUUU